AUGGUCAGCGAUAACAAUCAUAAUGGCGAAUCAAACAAUCCCUCGCAGAAGGACAGCUCAAUGCAUGGAUUGUCUACAGUCCCUACAUCAGUGACAUUGACGGCCGAGCAAUUUGAGAGACUGUACUUGACCCCAAUGAUACGCCACCAGCCAGCAUUGGCCAAGAAAGUGGGAAAUCCGACGCCCUUAGCCCUAGGAGGCUUCGUUAUCACUACAACACCCCUCUCGUGUUGCCUGAUGGCCUGGAGAGGAGCCAGUGGAAAUGGGAUUGCAUUCACCGGCCCUAUCAUCUUUCUUGGUGGCCUUCUGUUGCUCAUAACUAGUAUCCUUGAGUUCGUGGUUGGCAAUACGUUCCCCUGCGUUGUAUUCGGUACCAUUGGUGGAUUUUGGUUCGCCUUUGCAGCCACAAUGAUUCCUGCCUUCAACGCAGCCGCUCCUUAUUCCCCAUCUACUACCGAUACAGGUGCUGGGCUUUUGAGUACUGACUUCAUGAAUACCUAUGCAUUCCUCUUUAUAUCCAUGGCAGUUCUGAUGUUCAUUUUUAUGAUCUGCGCGACACGCACAAAUGUUGUGUAUACACUAAUAUUUCUGUCGCUUCUCUUGGUGUUUAUAUUAUUGUCGUCCGCUUACUGGCGGCUGGGCCUCGGGGACGCCGCUGUUGGUAAUCGAUGCGUGAUAGGUGCCGGGGCUUCUCUUUUCGUUGCUAGUUUACUUGGCUUCUACCUACUCAUUGUCCAACUUUUUGAUGCCCUGGCAUUCCCGUUCAAUUUGCCAGUCGGGGACUUGGGGAAUCUUUGGGUUCCCGCUUUGAAGAAGUGA